AUGGAUGAGGCUCAAUUGCUCAGUUUGUGGGAGACAUCUGCAGAAGCCGAAGGCUUCGAUGUUUUUGUUUCACACACAUGGGUGACGCCUGGCUAUCAGAAGUUUCUCUCAAUGCUGCUCAGUUCGUACUGGCACUAUGCAAUGGCAGCCUGGCUUUUGGCGGCCGUUCCACUCAUGAUUCUGUACAUUUUCGACGUCUUGCCCAUGUUUAUCUUGAUCCGGAGCAACAUCGAUGACUACCAAGUCGACAUUCCAUGUGGACCAUGGAUCUUUUUCGCAACUUUCCUUUCUGCUAUCUGCGGACUCUUCGGUGCCCCUUAUGUAGGUUCAUGCUUUUGCCGCAAGUCUAGAUGCUUCUACGAUGCAGCUUGCGUGAACCAAGUAGAUCCAAUGAAGCGGGAACGUGGCAUCUAUGGGAUUGGUGGGUUCCUCGCAGUUUCUCGUCAACUGCGGAUACUGUGGAGUCCGCCCUAUCUCUCGCGCUUGUGGUGCGUCUUUGAGAUUGCUGCCUACCGCACGGCGAACCCGCGUGGGCAGAUCAAGAUCCAGCCAUUAUUCGUGGAACGAGAUGUCUUAGCGGUCCUUGAUCAGGAUUUGUAA